CUUUAGACCCGUUUAGCAGCUGAAAUGACACUCACUGCCGUUCGCUAGCCGCCAAAAAUUCAAAGACCACGGACUAGUUGCAGGGUGAGAAUGUUACGGAAAACGUCAAAGGCUCUGCCCUCGUGGGAACAGUCGACAGACAGCAAAUGGUUGGUUUCUUGUGUGGAAAUUCUUCUUGUCCCGGUUCCGCUUUGUGAGGGAUCUUCUUGGUAGCCGGUCUGAAUCAAGAACGGUUGCAGAGCUCAAAACGGGAAGAUCAAGAGCCAAGAAAUCUCGACGUGAAUAGUUUUCUCUAGUAUUGUCUUUUAUUUCAAGAAUCAAGAUGAAUAUCCGCUGUGCAAGACCUGAAGACCUUAUGAAUAUGCAACACUGUAAUUUAUUAUGCCUACCAGAAAAUUAUCAGAUGAAAUAUUAUUUCUAUCAUGGCUUGUCAUGGCCUCAGCUAAGUUAUGUAGCAGAGGAUGAAAAAGGAGAAAUUGUUGGCUAUGUUCUGGCUAAAAUGGAAGAAGACUCAGAGGAUAAUCCUCAUGGACAUAUUACAUCACUCGCUGUGAAGCGAUCACACAGGAGACUUGGACUUGCUCAAAAGCUAAUGGACCAGGCAUCAUAUGCUAUGGUUGAAUGCUUCAAAGCUAAAUAUGUAUCAUUGCAUGUGCGAAUUUCAAACCGAGCAGCUUUACACCUUUAUACCAACACACUGAAGUUUGAAAUUUCGGAAAUUGAACCCAAAUACUAUGCUGAUGGGGAAGAUGCUUAUGCCAUGAAAAGAGAUCUGUCUUCUUUUGCAACCCAGAUCUCUGAAGUUAAGGUCCCUGGACCAGACAAAUUACCCUGUAUUAGUAAGCUUGAGAUUGUUGAUUGAUUUUACUUUUUUAGAGAAGCGGUUUUGUAUUGCUUAGGUUUUUGUGAUUUUUUCUGGAUGUUGUGAUAUCUUAUGGUUCACCAUGCCCCAAAUCAUUAUAGCCAAGAUCAGAACUCACAGGGUAUAGUCAUGUAUCUCAAUAGAUCAUGGCUUUUAUUGCUCAGUGAAUUCAGCCAUGUUUUCAUGACUAUAAACUCUGGAAAUGUGAUGACGUAUUGUAAUUGAUUCAUCUGUGAGUCAUGUCUUUUAUGUUACUAAUAAUAAUACAUGUCUGCCUUUUUGUACAAAAACAAAACAAAAAAAGAUUUAUGACUGAGAA